AUGGCAGAAGAUCUCAUAGCCCUCUUAGAAGACCUCGGUCGACUUCGUCACGGCGGCGCCCGAGAAGAAGAAGGAAGAAGAGGAGCUAUUCCCGAUCGGGGUUCUACUAUGCCUUAUAGAACUCUUUAUGAUACCAAAGUGCAUUCGACCGCCGUACCCAACGAAUCAAGAGCUCUUUCUAAUUCCAAGAUCCUCCAGGUUCAAUUGAAUCAUGAAGUUGAUCUGUACCAACCUGCAAGUGUAGGAAGGACAAGGGAGACGUUCGAACGAUACUUGAACACCAGUAUAGAUCUGGGCACUUUGUACCUACUCAAGAAUCGAGAUUCGCUAUUACCUGCAGGAUCGGAAUCCGUAGGUACUGGUCCGGGUAUUAGUAAUUUGAAAGAAAGGAUUGAUGUGGAAUUACAUCGCUGUGCCCAUUAUGCUUCUGAUCUGAUUAGAGAGUCUCAAUCCUCUUCUCCAUCUUCGCCGUUGUUCCAACCCAUGUGUAAAAGAGAACAAAGAGAUCCUAUCGUUUGUCCUUCUGCCAACGCCGAUAAUCGCUCAGCCACAACAGGAAUCCUCUCAGAAGACCUCUUCAACUCUACUUGGGAUUACAUCAGAGAAAGAAUGAAAUAUGGUUUACAUACUACAGAGGAAGAGACCAAUGAAAUGACUAGUCUCGCAAGUAAUCGACCCUUCUUUUUCGAAGGUGUAAAUUAA